AUGGACAUGAACGGCUACUCAUCUGGCAUGCUGCCGUACGCUGACCCGGGUCAGUUCGACUAUGGCUCGUUCCUGGGCAGCGACGCCGCCUUGCAGUUCCAGGACCUGGCGCCACCGCACAAUCAGGCCGCGCUCACCCAAUCCCCCGGCCAAGUGACGCCGCCCAGCUCCGAGAGCAGGAGCCCGCCCGGCGCCGAGUUGGCCAGGCGUCAGGGGGCCGCGAAGCAGCGCCUGGAAAGGAGAGGCCACACUAAGAGCCGACGCGGCUGCUACAACUGCAAAAGACGGCGUAUCAAGUGUCAAGAAACGCAUCCGGCCUGCGGGCACUGCGUCAAGACUGGCUUGAAGUGCGAGUACCCUGCCGCACCUCAAAUCAUUCACCAGCCGCAUCACCAAAUUCCUCUUUUCAGCUUGCAGGACAUGCGCUUCUUCCAACACUUCCUGACGCAGUGCUACCCGCACCACCCGCUGAAGCAGGAGGAGGUCUGGACGCACGACAUCCCCUGCAUCGCGCACAACCACGAGUUCCUCAUGCACGCCAUCCUCGGCUUCGCCGCGUCGGAGCUCGUCCACCAGGACGCCAGCCUCGUCACGGCCGCCAUGAACCACCGCGUCAAGGCCAUCAAGGCCAUCAAGCGGCGGCUGGCCGAGUCGUCGCGCAACGACACCAACUACGAGGAGGCCAACGCGCUGGUGGCCACGUGCUUCGCGCUCACCUUCCAGUCGGUCAGCCUCGAGGACGGCAUGGCCGAGUACAUGACCUUUAUCCGCGGCAUCGUCAUCAUCGGCAUGCAAAUGAGCUUCCGCAACAUCGCGCCGGUGUUCACGACGCUCUUCGACAACGACCCCAACGAGCUCCUGGCCGCCCAGAUGGAGGACCUGCCGCUCAUCGAGCGCGCCUGGGUGGACGCCGCUGUGGCGGCGCUCGACGGGCUCAAGCCGCUGUGCGCGACGCAGCUCGAGAACGAGUACCGCGAGCAGCUGCUGGGCAUUGUGGAGAAGCUCUACGAGAAUUCCUUUGAGGCGUAUAAGACAAACUCGAGGCAGUACGGGUGGUGGAUGCUCCUCCCUCACGGCACCUUCCAGGAGCUCAUCAACAUGCGCAACCAGACCAUGUUGCUGCUGCACACGCACUGGAUCGCGCUGUCGCAGAUCAUGGCCUUCAUCACCGAGCAGGAGAUGAGCGUGCGGCAAAAGUACCCGUCGCAGCAGGAGAACCGGAUGGACCCGGGCUUCCUGCGCUGGCUCAAGUACCUCAACGCGCGCGUCGACUACGAGCACCAGAUGCACAACCAGUGGCCGCUCUGGGUGGAGGAGCAGCUCGAUCGGGACCUGACGUUUUUUGGCCGGAGCGCGUGCUGA